UGUUUUUAUUUUGGUCUCCGGCCACGAAUCACCCCAAACACUUACCGAGCACCGAAUUGCCGAGUACCAAGCCCUAAUUUUUGUUUUGAACAUAGCGAAAAUAAAAAAAUGCAGCGCUACGAUACUGUUCGUUUGUUCACACGUUUUUCGACAUGGACCAUGAAUCACAAUACAUGGAAGAUAUUUAUCAGGAAGAACAAGAAUGAGAAAAUGGAUAGAAUUACGCUCACAGAGAUAGCGAAAUAACGAAGAAGUAAAGAGACGCAAACUAGCAAGUAAUCAGCUGAUCGGUGACUUGAAAAUAUUUGGCGCGAAGAGAUCGAGAGAGAGCUGCUUUUUUCUGCUAGUUUUUUGGGUUAAGAAACGCUUUCCAACAGAAACUAGUGAUAAUUAUCUGUUAAGAAACAAAGCUAUUAUUGUAUCAUGCCAAUUAUUUUCUAAUAGAAUUGUGCUGAUAACAAUUCGUAAAAAAAAUCUUAGAAAAGGGGCCAAAGACGCACAUCAUUUUGGAAAAGGCUAAAAAAAUAAAAAUUGCAAAAAAUCGGGUCAAAGGGUAUUGGCGCUUAAAAAGGUCAAAUGGCCCUUUUAGGUCACAACAGCAACACUGAUUGGAGAUUUCAUUUAUUUUAAGAAAAGCGAAACAAAACAGAAACCUUCACCAAAACAUCCAAUAAUGAAUAAUUUGGAUAGUUGUGGCCAAGCAUCCUCCAAAUUGGAGAAAGAAACAUCCAAUUUAGCCUUGUUAAAAGAUAGAGUAGAGAAAUAUCAUGAUUUGUCGACGCAAAUGUCAAGUAUUUUAACUGUUUUCGAGCAACGCCUCGGAAAAUUGGAGCAGACAAUACUGCCAGUAUAUAAGGAGACAGAGCAGCUUCAAAAACGACAACAGAAUUUGGAAGCAACUUUAGUGUGUCUUGAAACAGUACUUGCCCACUAUGAUAUUUCCCAGGAAGUGUGCAAUCUUAUUCACCAAGGGCCGAUAGAAGGAAACGUUAAUGGUUUUCUUGAAGCUUUGGGCAAAUUGCGCGCUGCAAUGGACUACUUCCUGCACCAUAACUCUCAAAGCGUUGAAUUGGAAAAUGUGACCAGUCUUUUCAAUACUGGCUGUGAAGGCUUAAACCAACAUUUUCGUUUGUUACUGAAGAAACAUAGCGCGCCACUUAAACCGGUUGAACUCUUAGAUCUUAUUUAUAUUGAAGAUGACUCCAGCGAUGAGUAUACCUCCUUCCGCCAAUUGUCGCAAAACACACGAGAGGAGCUAGGUACCAUUGCCCAUUGGCUGGAACAAAAUUUGCGGCGCGAAUAUGCAGUAAUUUAUGCCACAGAAAGAGGAGAGGUGGUACUGCGUUCACUCCAAAAUUUAAAGGAUCAUCAAAAAAGCAGCAGUUGGGGAAAUGAGGCUUUGAAACCACGUCACAGUGGACGACCUGAAGUAAAGAAGAAUACGUCAGCCCGGUUGCAACAAAUUUUUGAGCGAAAAGCAAAUAAAUUAUACUUGCGCGCAACUCAGACACUUGAACAAUCAACUGGAAUAUCCAUAAAAAAGGCUUCGUCGCAAUCUGAACACUUGUCUGCUGAGGAGUUCAUGGACGGUGAUCAAGAACUUGACAAGUACCUUGUGAUGCUCUUGGGCUUACAGCGACUACUUAAUUGGGAGCGCUCUUUAAUGACAGAGAUCGUGCCUGCAUCCAAACACGGAGAUGUUUUUUCAAAGUUAGCUUACAACUCUAUUGAACUGGUAGUUAAAGAUGCAGAAGCAAUUACAAACCGCAUUAUGCGUUGCAUAUCGCGAAAGGAGUGGACAUCAGCUUUAGGAAUAUUUUCGGCACUCAAACGUGUAAUCUUGCUUCAACCAGACAUUGAACGUACCUAUGACCCGCAACAGCGAGAGCAACUUACAAAGGUGCUUAAUAAGCUUCAAGCAACGGGCGCUAAAGCACUAGAACAUUUCCUGGAUGUGGUGAAAGGUGAAUCAGGCACUAACAUAGUUGGCAUGAGUUCAAGUACACUUGGUUAUGGCUAUGUUAAUGUUCCGAAAGAUGCUACGGUGCACGAACUGACCUCCAACACAAUCUGGUUUAUAGAACAUUUAUAUGACCAUUAUGAUGUGAUUGGCUCUAUCUUGCAACAAGAUGUGCUUUACAGUACGCAAUUGGAUACAAUACUCAUGAAAAAAGCACUCCCUGGCGAAGAGCGUAAUAAAGCAUUGCUAGCAGUUUAUAUCAAAAAAGCUUUAGCGGAGCUUAAUCUUUCGAUAAUGAACAAAUGUGAGCAGUACAACGACCAAGCUACCAAACAUCUCUUUCGUUUAAACAAUAUUCAUUAUAUACUAAAAUCUCUACAACAGUCAAAUCUAAUUGAUUUGGUAACACUAGCAGAGCCAGAUUGUGAGCAAUGCUAUUUAGAUAUGAUUCGAGAACUAAAAUUCUCUUACCAAAAGACUUGGUCUAAAAUGCUUGUAAGCAUAGGAGUAGAUGAGUUGCCGCGGCCUUCACAUGGCAAGGUCAAAGAUAAAGAUCGCAGCAUAUUGAAGGAGCGAUUUUCAACGUUCAACAAGGAUUUCGAAGAGGCUUGUAAAGUUCAACGUGGUAUUUCCAUUCCAGACGUGAUUUUGAGGGAAGGUAUCAAACGUGACAAUGUGGAGCACAUACUUCCGAAAUACAAUAGAUUUUAUGAAAUGUAUGCAUCGGUGCAGUUCAGCAAAAAUCCAGAUAAAUAUGUAAAAUAUCGGCCGCAUGAAAUAAACCAAAUGCUAAGCAAACUUUUUGAUGAUUCAGCUUAA